AAGACGGUGACGGUUGAGGCUGCGGCGAGCCAAAAGACUGUCAUUCAUUGUUUCGAUCGCAAAUGACAACUUUUUACUCGAAGGGUUUUUUUCUCUGUGACGUUUGUUGUUUUGUUUGUGGUUUUGUGAUUCUCUACAUCACCGUAGCGACAAUAAUUAAACACAGACAGUCGUGUUUUUCCUCAAAACCCAGAAGAAAACAUGGUGUCCAUUCAUUACAGUGAGCCUGCCCAGCUGAUAUGUUAUAAUAUGGUGUGGGAAGUGAAAACUCAGUCUGUCCCUCAGAGUGUCCAGGAAGUCCAGACACAGAGCUCAGGUAUGGACGAGGGCUUCGAUUUGCUUAAAUGCAAUGAACGCCUGCCCUCCUCACCUGGCUGCCCUUCUAACACGAGUCACAUGGAGUACGAUGACCUGCCUGAGCUGCAGGAGGUGCAAGAUGACCAGUCGACCCCGGGUGUGUUCCAGGUGACCCUGGGUGUGUCGCAUCAUGAGGAGGGGCCCAUCGAGGGGCGGAGCUCCAGGCCUGAGGCCAAUGUUUCACACACAAACUGGCUCACCGAGCUGGCCAACAUUGCCACCAGCCCUCAAAGCCCCCUGCUCCAGAACACCCCACACAACCGGUCUUCUCCUGUCCACAUCUUCUCCAACAGUAGCAGUUUACAUUCCUACGCUAGACCCCCUCUGUCUUCCAGCAGCGCCCCCAGUCCCGCCCGCAGCCUCAUGAGAGAACGCCGCCGCACCAGGGCCAGCAGUGAGUCGGAGUCAGGCAUUUUCUGCAUGUCAUCUCUGUCAGAUGAUGAUGACCUGGGAUGGUCCCAUUCCUGGCCCUCCACUGCCUGGCAUUGCUUCCUGAAAGGAACACGUCUACGCUUCCACAAAGGUCUGAAUGUGGAGUGGCAGGAUGCAGAGGACGUGAUGGAGUCGGAUGAAGAUUCAGAUGACGAGGGAGGAACACAGUCCAACCCACUGAAGAGUUACGGCUCUGAUGGGCUAAAGCUGGUGGUCUUUGAGGAGAGUGUGUCUUUCGGCCAGUCUGUCCUGAAAUUGACCUUUGACCCUGGUUCCUCUGAAGCAGGGCUUCUGACUGCUGAGUGCAGUUUGGGCCAUCCAUUUUUUGUGAAAAAUAAAGGGUGGUCUUCUUUCUAUCCAAGCCUUACUGUUGUACAGCAUGGCAUUCCCUGCUAUGACAUGGAGGUUGGAGAUUUGUGUCUGCCACCAGGACACCGUGACGCCAUCAACUGUGACGACUCAGUCGUUUUUGACACUUUUAAGAGUUAUGACUUCACCCCUCUCGACUCUUCCGCCGUGUAUGUUCUGAGCAGUAUGGCACGCCAGCGUCGGGCAUCCCAGUCCAGCGGGGGCGCAGUGAGUCCAGACUGCGACAAACUGGAGGCCCUCAGCUCCUCCCAUCACUCCCCCAGCAGCAAAUCACAGCGCAGCUAUGCCUCAGGAAGCUCUGGAGCCACACCCACAAAGUGCAAGCGGCCAAUGAACGCCUUCAUGCUUUUUGCCAAGAAGUACAGGGUGGAAUAUACACAGAUGUACCCCGGCAAAGACAACAGAGCCAUCAGCGUGAUUCUGGGCGAUAAAUGGAAGAAGAUGAAGAAUGAGGAGAGGAGGAUGUACACCAUGGAGGCCAAAGCUCUGGCCGAGGAGCAGAAACGUCUCAAUCCUGACUGCUGGAAACGCAAGAGAACAAACUCGGGCUCUCAGCAAAACUAGGCUAAGGAUUGGCAAAGAAAAACAUGAACUGGACAGCAGAAGACGGACACCGACACACAUUCUCUCGAAAGAAUGACAAACUGCAACUGUGAUGCUACAUGCACUUGCUUUAGAAGAAAAACUAUUCAUCAUUACAACGAAACAUUUUCACGAGAAGAAUUGUGAAAGAGAAAUUACAUUUUAAAAAUAUAUGAACGAAAGGCGAAUCAUAUAAUUAUAUGCAAUAUAAAAUGUAAUCUAGUCAACUAACAGUGCUUAUGUAUUUUACUUAUCCUUUCAAAAACAACGAAAAUGCCUUACUCUUCCAAAGCAAGACAACGCUCAGUUCUUCUAUCAGGUAAUUUUGUAUUUCUAGGCUUGAAAGGUGCAACCCUGUGGUGCUAUUUUACUAAGGCCGAAGGAGUGAUAUUAUACAAAUAAUGUCUAUUUUUAAAUGUAAAGGGGAAAUUUAGAAGUUAGCUCAUUUUUUCAUCUGUUCAUCUGUACAUUAAUUGUAUUUGUAUAACUCAACUUAUUGCACAGACUUAAAUGUAUUGCAAAUAGACGAAUGAUGUUCAACUGAUA